GUGAGCGCAGCCAGCUAGCUUGACCGCUAGCCUGCACCGAGUCUCCUUGCUGCCGCUGGUAAAACGGUUUUUGUGCGGGACUUUCUCCACCAUCACUUCCUUUCUUUGAGCAAUGCGUUGUCAGGCUGGGAGGUGUGAGGAGCCCGUUCCUUCACUCUGUCAUGGUGCUCAGGAGCCAUGGCGGAGCGGACCCUGAGGAGGAACCAGCGGCCGGAGCUCAGCGGGUCCACAGCUGCGGCUCAAGCGAGGAAGGAUUUCCCGUCACCUGCGGCACAGCCACAACCACCGCUGACGGAACACAAAUGGUGACGGCUUCUAAAGUUUUACACGCGUCUCUAGCUUUUGUCACAGCUGGCCAGUUAAACUUAUCCCCCACUGGCGUUCCCCAAAUAUCGGCGGGGAUCGUAGCGACGCAGAGUUAGUUCUGCUUUCUUUCCCCCUCCAGCGGCGUUACGUGUGUCCCGUAAAGCCAUCUGCCUCAGGCGUAAAUCUGGCGCACUGUCCCGCAGUGGCUCAUAGAGAGCCUCUUUAAUAUUUCAAAGCCGUGUCACUGGAGGUCACCAUGGGGGCAAAGCAGAGCAGCCCGACCGCUAAUCCAGCUGCUAACGGACGGACCAGAGCCUACUCCGGCUCGGACCUGCCCUCCAGCACGUCCAGCAGCAACGGCAGUAGUGGCAGCAGGACUGCCGCCGGGGGUGUGAGGUACCACGCGUACAGUGCGCCCGGAGCCUCCGGAGCCUCGUCCAGCACUAGCGCAGCAGCAGCAGCAGCACCACCACCACCACCACCACCACCACGGAGCAGGGCCAGAUCAGUGGGGGGCUCCGGGGGCUCCGGGACCAGACCCCAGUCCGGCAUUAACAUUCCGAACAGCAGCGGAGCCUACAGCUCCCAGGAGUCCGGCGGCAGCAGCCCGGAGGAGGCGGACAGGGAGCGCUCGGGCGGAGGGCACGGCGCCCCCCGGCUGCUGAUAGGAUCACUACCAGCACACCUCUCGCCCCACCUGUUCGGAGGCUUCAAGUGCCCUGUGUGCUCAAAGUUUGUGUCCUCAGAUGAGAUGGAUCUCCACCUGGUCCUGUGUUUAACCAAACCCAGAGUAACGUAUAACGAGGACGUCCUGACCAAGGAUGCAGGAGAAUGUGCAAUCUGCCUGGAGGAGCUGGUGCAGGGAGACACCAUCGCUCGGCUGCCCUGCCUCUGCAUCUACCAUAAAGGCUGCAUCGAUGAGUGGUUUGAAGUGAACAGAUCGUGUCCAGAGCAUCCAUCAGAUUAAAGCUGCUUUGCUCUGGUAUUCACAAUGUGAGGGAUCUACAAAAGGGAGUGUGGAUCCAGGGAGACUGCUGGACACUGUGAUCAGUUAAACCCCCCACCCCCACCCACAGCCCCACCCAAUAAUGUAGUGCCACUGUGUGCCAAAUCUCAUCAAGCAAUCUUCAGGGAUACAGACGUGUUUGUUGUGUUUAUGUUUAAGUUGCACAUCCACGCUUAGUCUCCUUCUGGACCGACUGGUCUCCACCUCACGUCCUCUCGGUGCUGACACCCAGAGCCACGCAGGACAUGACGGCAGGCGGCGCUCCUCCUCCUGAGCGGCCAUUGGACAGCAGAUGUCAGCUGAUUGCACACCAGGACGCUGGAGGAGGUGGUGGACGUGGUCCUGGAGGUGAGGGGUUGUCGCUCCUUCCCUCCCCCUCCUCCUUCACCGUCAGUGUCUACCAGUGCCUUGUUGUUCGGACACCCAGCCACAGCGGGGCAGAGGAGGAUCGGACUGUCAGAAGAGACAGCUGGACCGGCUGGACGGACUCCCAGUCCAGCAGAAACAAGCCAGAGACGGGAGAGCAGUAGAAACGUCUGUCUGCUUUAGCAGCUGGGACAUUUUCAGAACUGAAGCUGCUGAAAAAAAAAUGGUGCCAAUCAACUGUGAAUAUUGUCAAACACACACACACUUUAAUCAUCAGUGCUUUUUUAAUCACAUACCAUCCUGGGAAAAAAAAAACGACUUGAACCAAAACUAGAGUCCUGCUGCCAACAUGACAAACACCAGAACCUUCUCUCAUGUCAACUACAUCCUUUUCAUGUUAUAAAAUGAUAUGUUUCUUGUUGUAAUGACAUAAAGCAUUGGAAGGAGGGUUCUGUUCUUGGUUUAAAGACAUCUGUUGAAUUUGUGUAAUAACAAGAACGUUUUUUUGAUACAAAAUGUUCUUAUAAAAAAGUUUCCUAAAAUGGAAUAAUUUGGUGUGUAACAACAAAAAUAUAUAACAUGAUGAAUAUAUAUAUUUUUAGAACAUGAAUUCUCAUUAGAAACAUUUUCACAUCAACGAUUAACUGAGAUUUUUGUUUUUACUUAUUUUUAUUUUGGCCAAUUUGCUAAGUCGGUUUAGUUUUGUGCUACUCCAUGGAAAUAUGACAUUCUCUUUUUUGCAUAAAGUCUGUGAUGUAGUCUAUAA